AUGGAGAACAGGCCUAUGAUGCUGGGGGUCCAAGGAAAGAAUUUUUUCGGCUUUGUCUUAAAGAAAUACAGCAAAGGCUCUUUGAAAUUGGACUGCGCGAACUCAUGGCCCCAGGAAUAUGAGUUUGCUGGAACUAUUAUGACCUUGAGUAUUCUUCAGAAUGGAACCACCCCACGGUUUAUUCCUGAAGAAAUUUUGCAGGAGAUUUUUUCAGAGGAUUUUGCAUGGCCAUGCAUUGCAGAGCUUCGGAAAGGAUUCAUGAAACUUGGUCUAUAUGAAGUUGCAACGAGUCUACCAGUCUUUCUUUUCCUGCUGCGUGCAAAUGAAUCAAUAGACGACAGACGACAGCUCAGCAUCCUACUUCUACGGCCAUCAUUCUCAGAGGAAGGCACAAAUGUACGCAAGUAUGAAAAUGAUGCCUACGCUGCAUUCUCAAAGUAUGUGCGAGAAGCUGCAAGUGGAAGAAGGAGUAGAAUCACUCUUGGGAGCAUUCUACAAUUUGCAACUGGGAUGGAUGAAGAACCACCCCUUGACUUUGAACUACAACCUAGUAUUCAAUUUGUUGCUGCUAAUGAAGGGAUCAAGUGGUCUUUCAUUCCAAAAGCUAACACUUGUAGCAAAACAAUGUUCUUAACAAGGGGCUCCCACAGUCGUUCUUUACCAGCUGAGAAGGAACUCUUUGAAGCUUAUGAUAUUGCCUUUACAAAUACCUUCUUUGGACUUUCAUAA